AGUUUCGUUUUCUGUUUCUCCCGAAAGCUGGUCAGGUCAGGCUGACGAGGCCUGUUUCUAGAGUGUGAACAGCAAACACCCACCGGCUGCCGCCUCCUCUCACAGCUGCCAGAGUCCAGCCGGGCAAGGGCUCGCUGCCUGCACCAGCCCAUCCCCUCCACGCCGCGGGCAGAGCAGGGGCCGCGGCUCCAGGCCUCCAGCCGCUGCCGCCGGGAUGGCCCAGGCUCCGGGCGACCCUGAUGAGAGAGGUACUUCUUCCUCCCAAGGAACAGCAGACCUCGAGCAGAGGAUCCUGCAGGCGCUGAGGGACGCCGGCUCCCCCAUCAAGUCCAUCCAGUUGGUCAAGGAAUGCCAGGUGCCCAAGAAAAAACUCAACCAAGUCCUCUACCGGCUGAUGAAGGAGUCGAAAGUCUCCCAGGAAGGCCCGGCGACGUGGGCCCUGGGCACCGGCAGGAUGGGAAGAGUGGUGCCCGCAGAGCCGGCCCAGGCCAACCAGGCAGGGAGGUGCCAGCAAGACAUAGUUGCAGUUCCAGAGGAGCCCGGCCUUCAGCUCACUGACCAGCAGGAAGCCAUCUACAGGUUUCUGGAAGCCCAUGGGCCCUGCAAGGCGCUGAACAUCGCCAAGGGGGUGGGAAAGAAGAUAGCGAAAGACGUCAACCGCGACUUGUAUGAUAUGAGGAAGCAGCACAAGCUGGACUUUGAUGAGAAGACAAGUACAUGGGCAAUUUAUCAACCAGAUUCGAGAGGAGGAAAUCGGGCCACCGCAAUUAUUUACCAGAAAAAUCCAAUCAACAUGAUCUGUCAGAACGGACCACAUAACCACAUUUCCAUUGACAAUUCUGAAAACAUCCAGAUUGGACAAGGGAACGUCAUGGUGAGACAGGUGGCCUCUGGGGAGAACGGCUCCAUGGCUCCCCUCCCUCCCGUGAUGCCAGCUGAUCCCUCCACUCAGGGUUCCCCAGCUGCAGCCUGGGGACCCCAGGACAUCCACUUGGAGAAGACUAUGCUCAGACGGGUACAGAUGGGACAUGACAACAUGAUGAACCUCAACAGCACGCCAACCAAGGGCCCUGCCGCCUGCAGCCCCUUUGGCAGCUCCUCAGCCUUUGCCACCCCUGGUGACACAGAGGCUUCGUUCGAAAUUCGAACACCCAAACCAGGACCUUCCUCCGAGGGGGAUGUGGCCCAGAGAGUCCACAUCAGUUCGUGCAUCCUUGAGGACACUGCCAUCGGCAACAGCAACAGAAUGACUGUCAGCUCAGGGACAGAUGGUCCAGGAGGAGUUGCAAGGCCUGAGGACGCUGGGGAGCCAGGCAAGGAUGCAGGUGCGGAGUCCAGAAGCCACGUCCCCCACGACCGUGACCAGGCUUCCCCCGGCAACGGCAACAACUUCACUGAGUUCAUCUCCCACCUGGAAGCUGUGACUCUUGAAAGCAGGGGUCCCCAAGCUGCCGAAGCCAGCGGCCGGGUGGACAGAACUGCAGACGAGGACCCGCAGGGGCAGGGGGAGUCCAGGACAAGCAGCCAGGCUCUCUCGGGAGGAGAGGACGAGCACCAGUGACCCUCACCGCUGUGCUUUCUGUGUCCCCUAAGUGUCAUUCCCACCUUCCUGCCUCCUGACACGUGGCCAGCGAGAGUCGGCAUCUGGCCCAACGUGGGGACGGGCCAAGGCACCCCUGUCCCUGCUGCCUCCUUGGCCCACCUUCCAGCAAGGCUGCCCAUUCUCCUCCCACUCAAGACCUGACUUCCUCAAGGCCCGUGAUGGCUGCCUGACCUCUUUCCCGCCUGACCUCUCUGGAACCUUCCUACUUCCACUCUGAUCUUGCAGGAUUUCUUAGCUGAAUUUCCAGAGAACAAAUCCCUCCCGUCCGGGCCUGGCGGAAGUCACCGGCCAGCUCGUGGGUCAGGUGACCUCGGCUGGUCGGUCAUCAGGGAAUGCUUGUCAUACGGCAACGUGGGCUGGUGGGUGGGCUGAGUUCCCUCGGAGGGGUGGGGGAUACGGCGGCAUUUCCAGAACAAAGGAGUGGGGUGGGGCCUGGGAGACACGUGGGAAGGGACGAUGGGAGGAAGAUAGAGAAAGAGGGAGGCGGUGGUCAGCCAGGCAGGGCCACUGUGGAAGAGGACAUACGUCCCCCACCUGUUGUGUCCAUAACACACCCGCAGCUACAUGCCCACGGCCCCUCCCAAUGCCACACCCGCACCUCACUCUUCAUUGUGUUUCCUCCGCCGCGGGACCCUGCAUGUCCAGUGUCCCGGACCCACGUGCCCUGGGGCUAGUGUCUGCCUUGGUGGAGGAAGGGCUGGCUCAUCACGGAGCCUCAGUAAAGAAUGUCAUUGGACAACA